AACAAGCUCUCCCUCAACGGUGCGUUGGCUCUGAUUCUCUCGAAGCAUUCGGAGGGCCGAUGGGUUGUGCGCCCUUAUGGCGUCACCUCUGAGCCAGUGGCCGUGCGAACUGCGAACCUGCAGAAAGGCCGGGAGCUGCCGGAAAGCCUGCGCCAAGGCCUCUUCGUCGCGGUGGCCUUGUCUGUGCUUCUUGUAGCUGUGGCAGCGCGCACAGGGCCUCGAUCACGACUUCGGGCGCUUGUCCCAGUGGCCUCACUGCUUUGGUUCCUGGUAGCUGUACUGGGCUGCUACUACCUACAUGCUCCGCUGCUCUCAAGCGGAGUCUAUGUGCCGGCCAUUUCUGAAAUGGGCAUCUCGGGCAGCGCGAGGCUUCUCUACCGCGUGGCUUUCGGGCUCUGUGGCUUCCUGCUGGCUGUGACGCUGCUGCAAAUGCACGACUUAAUGUCUAAACAUCAUUCCGACAUUUCGGUCCAGGACUCGGGGCUCUUGUGGGGACUGCUGGCUUCCUUCGGCAUCGCACUCCAAGGGGUCUGCACGCUCCAAUUGGACUUUGGCAUGGAAACUGUCCUACACCUUUGUGGCGCGAUGGUGACCAUGUUCGGCACCUUCUCCCAUGCAGACAGGUCGAACGGAUGGUUUAAGUCUUUGCCGGAAGGCUCCCCAUUUCUUCGCCGGGGCUGGCGAGGCUUUGGGCUUUCCCUUCGGAAGGAUCAUUUUGAGGCCUUGGCCUCCGGCAGUUCACCCCUCUUGGCCAUGUUCAUGGUCCCCCUUCUCCUGCAGGGCGGGAAACGAUUGGGGCUCUUUGCAGAGCUGGACGUCGUGGAGAAUUGCAUGGGGAUCAUGCAAUGGGCAGUCGUUGCUGGCAUCGCAACUUUUUUUUGCUCUUAUGCCUUCGACCUCAUGGCGGUUUAG